GCAGUACAGCUUAUACCCAAAGACGUACCUAUUGAAUUUAUCUGCGAGACACAAUUCCUCCGCGAUGUACUAUGUAAAGAUAUACAACGUUGGGAGGACACGGACUGGUUGGGAAUGAGCAACAAGCCUGCGCUGAAAGACCUGAUAAAUGUUCUACGUCAGCGAUGCACCCCUACGUCAUUCCGGAAAGCCAACUCUAAGAAUGACUGGUCAACGAUCGACAAAGGCAGGCACCUGGUGAAAUACCUGAUGGACAAUAGCGGGGCCAAAACAGUCUCACUGACUAUAGACCCUACACUCAACCUGUCAGGUGCCAAACUGUCACACCUAUCUCAAAGGAUUGCUUACCGCCUCAUCAUACAACGACGACCCUUGGAAGUACGACGAUCCACUGCACUGACGGUACAAGCAGUGUUAGCAAAGCUUAAUCUGACGUCGGACCAUACCAUAACAGCUGAUGAACUCUGGCAAAGCCUACGCAACAGUGACUUCCGCCGACCAAUAUCCGACUUCUUAUGGAAGUGCCUACACAGCGCCUUCCGUGUUGGUCGAUUCUGGGCGAAGAUAUCUGGCUACGAAGAACGUGCCCAGUGUCAAUACUGUGGCGUAAUAGACUCAAUGUCUCACAUACUGCUUGAAUGUACGGCACCAGGCCAGAUUGAAAUCUGGGCCAUGGCCGGAAACCUAUGGCGACGUAAACAGGCUGAGUGGACCAAGCCUGACCUUGAAGACAUCCUCAGUGCUGGAAUGCGCCCCUGGUUCUCAGACAAGAAGAAACGACGACCCUUCGUCGAACGCAUGUGGCGCAUCCUCAUCUCUGAAGCCGCAUAUCUUAUCUGGUGCCUACGUUGUGAAAGAACGAUCGGACAUGCAAUGGACGAUAACUGGACUCACUCACGACAAGAAAUCCGUGCGCGAUGGGGCUAUAUAAUGAACAGUAGACUCCACUUAGAUAUCGCCAUGACGCACCGACGUUUUGGGAGAGCCGCCCUGUGGCCCCCAUUAGUCCUAAGCACGUGGUGUGGCACCUUACAAGACGAGCUAGCACUACCCGACGAUUGGACAAAAAUUAGAAGGGUUUUAGUGGGUAUUAAUCCUCAAACCUACGAAACGUGGGAUGUAGGAUAACUGAGCCCCACACUGACCAAAUGUGGUCGUGCGUAAAAGCAUUUUAUCCCUGGAAAGCAACCGCGGGGGAACCCGCUGGCUGGCUGGGACCUGGGUCUGACCAAUUGUCAGUUGCCGGAUCCUACAUAUAGCCCUCCAAAAAAAAAAA